GUCAAUACUACGGACAGUCAAGUCAAUUAUCACAAGGCUGUGCGUCACACGAAUUGCAAAAGACUUCGGUCAUAAAUUGCACCGAGCGAACGAAAAAAUAAGCAUCGUGAUUUGUGUCUGCCUGCAUAUACACUACGGCACAAUACCCUCCCAAGAACACCUAGGUGAAAGAACAAUGGUAAUUGCGCGACCGGUGUGCGUUUGUUUCAAGUAGACAUGGCUAUACGGCCCACAAACCAGCGUCACUCCCGACUACUUCAACAAGGCACGAAGACUCCUCUGUUGCAGCAUCAAUUGGUAGACAAGAGACGGCAACGAGUGACAAGCAUCAUAGCGAACACGUCCUCAGGGCAGAGUUCUACACGAAUGAUCACAAGACUGCAACAAUGGCACUCAAGCUCCCAGUAGCAGUAAAGGAUUUGCCGGAGGAAAAAGUGAAGCAACGGGCGGCUCAGGGCAUGAAUCCUCUACAGCUGCUUGUUUACACUGAACCGGGCAAUGUUCUCGUUCCCGCACCGUACAAAAAUGUAGGAGAGAAGAUUUACAACUUUAAGUUCCGGACUGAUGACAUAGUUGUGACAACCUUCCCUAAAAGUGGUACCCUGUGGACCAUGGAGCUCGUGUGGGCCAUGACUAACCUCGACCGUAUCAACGACACGCAGAAAGUGAACAUCAAUGAUCGAGUGUUCCUGAUUGAUGAUGACUUCCUAGACUUAGUCAACCUAGAGAAAGCGAAACUGAGGUUUUCUGAACAAUGUCCCGAGGCUGAAUCCAAAGAAGGUGUCACUCGACAACUCGCAGAAGCAGCUACAACGCCCAGAAUCAUCUGGACCCAUCUGCCUCUCUUUCUACUCCAUCCAGACCUUCUCAAAACAUGCAAAGUCGUAUACGUGGCCCGUAACCCAAAGGACGUGUGUGUGUCCUAUUACCACUUCGCCAAACAACUGGGAGAACGAUUCUUCAAUGGUACUUUCGACAAUCUUUUGGAUGCUUUCAUGGACAAUCACCUUUUCUAUGGGGCAUACUGGGACCACAUCCGCCAGGCGAGGCAGCAGAAGGACAACCCCAACUUCCACAUGCUGUUCUAUGAGGAUCUGAAGACCAACAUACUGGAAGAGCUGAGGAAACUGAGCUCGUUUCUGGGUCUGGAAAUCGACGAUGACACGCUGCUGAAGGUCUCCGAAUACGCGAAGUUCGACCGCAUGAAGGUCAACCCCGCCAUGAGGACGAACCUGCUCAACUUCGAGGGCAACCACUGCCGCAAGGGCCAGAUCGGCGACUGGGCCAACAUCGCGACGCCGGAGAUGGACGCCAAGAUCGAGCACUGGAUUCAGGAGAACUCGGAGGGCCUCGAUUUCACCUUCAGAUACAAGUAGAAGGAGAGUUGUUGCCCGGACGGUCUUUCUCCCACAAGCGGUUGAAGAGUUGCUCGCAACGGCUUUGAAUGCAAGAUGUAACAAAAACAAAAAAACAAAAAAUAAACAAAAAACAAAAAACAAAAACAAAAACUUUGAAUUAAUUCUAGAGAGUUAAAUAAUUUCUGGUUUUCUCUCCCUCAUGUGAUCAUCUACUUCUUAGAGAAUAGUAUACAAUAUCAUUUAUAUAUUCUUAUUGUGACUGUUUUUCCAUUUCACACACACACACACACACACACACACACACACACACACACACACGCACACACACGCACACGCACGCACACACACAC